CUGGCGGUUCACUCAAUGGCUGGAAGUUUAUUCUUCUGCAUUCUUUUUGUGUCGGCCAAACGUGUCCCGAGUGUCCCUGCCCCUUUAAUGGAGAGAGAGAGAGGAAAGCGAGUGAGAGAGCUCUGGUGGGCGAUUGCUGGACGUUUCACACCUUGGGGCUACACAGGGAGGGAGGGAAAGAGACAAGCAGCUCCUGAAAACAGCCCCGCCGAUCUGAUUGCACAGUCAAACCCCCUUCUCCCGGAGGUUCCUCUCAGUCACUUCAAACUGCAGCUGGGAAACAGUGCGUUCGAUUCCCACUUCCCCCACAACCUUCAGUGGGACAGGCAGGGGUGGUGGGAGGCGACAUUAAUGCAAAACCGACAGAUUAACAGAAACAGUCAGUUUCAAAGCGGAUCUCCGGCGCCAGGCAUGGCCAAGUGGCUGAGGGAUUAUUUAAGUUUCGGGAGCCGCCGUCUCCCCCCACAGCCUCCCAAACCCGACUACACUGAGAGUGAGAUCCUCAAAGCUUACCGAGCCCAGAGGAACCUGGAUUUCGAGGAUCCGUACGAGGAGAGUGAGAGCAGAGGCCGGGCUCCAGACACUGAACACUCGCUCGGAGUCUCUCCCCAGCACCAGAAACCUGCCAGCCCCGAUAUCAAGUAUGUUUCCCCCAAACACCGCCUCAUUAAAGUGGACAGCACCGAGCUGGGUAACAGGCCAAAAAUACUGAGCGCAGAGGAGCCGAAGAGCAAAGCUGAGGCGACUCUGGCUGAUGACGAUUAUUCCGACCCAUUUGAUAUCCGGCACGAAUCCAGAGGAGAGAUGAAUGACAAAGAAGAAGUUGAGAACAAUGGCUACAUGGAGCCAUAUGAAGCGCAGAGAGUUAUAGCAGAGUUCCAGAGGAAAGGAGACAAGAAACGUGGAAAGGGUCUCCAGCUCUAUGACACUCCCUACGAGCCUCAGGAAAAUGACAUCGAGUCGGACACAGAGAAUGCAGCCAGUCAGAAAGUUCGGGAGAGCCGGCUUCCUCAAGAUGACGAACGACCUGCUGAUGAAUACGAUCAGCCCUGGGAGUGGAAAAAGGACCACAUCUCGAAAGCUUUCGCAGUCCAGUUUGAUAGCUGUGAUUGGGACCGGUCAUCUCCUUCUGCCAAGGACCGACUGAGACAACAGAAACAGCUCAGCCCGUUGGCUGCAGGCUCAAAAUACAGCAAACCACAGACUCCAGAACACGGCUCCACGCUGCCUGAGAGGGUGGACCCUACUCUACCAUUAGAGAAACAAGUGUGGUACCAUGGAGCUAUCAGCCGAGCAGAUGCUGAGAAUUUACUCAUGUUGUGUAAGGAGUGCAGUUACCUGGUGAGGAACAGUGAGACCAGCCGGAAUGACUACUCCCUAUCAUUAAGAAGCAGCCAAGGAUACAUGCAUAUGAAGUUCAGCAAAACAAAAGACUGCAAGUACAUUCUCGGCCAGAACAGCCCACCAUUUGACAGUAUUCCAGAGGUUAUAAACCACUACACGAGCCACAAGCUGCCCAUUAAAGGGGCCGAACAUCUCUCUUUGCAGUUUCCUGUGAUGGUGCAAACACUGUGACUGGACCACAGGCAGGCUGCCUGAAGCAUGGCAGUGAAAAGGGAAAACAAAGCUGUGUGGGAAUAGCAAAGGAGGCUAAUUUUAAUGGAAUGUCAACAAGAAUUUCAGUUAACCUGGCUUACCGUACUGAAUUGAAUGCAGCGCAGAGCUCCAAGUCUGGGCUGUGAUAUAAUUACAAGCCAGAGCUGUUGGCAAAUUCAUUUCCUGGGAUUCUAUUUCAAACAUUGUGGUUGGACCAUGAAUGUCACUGAACUCACAUGUGUAAGGAUGUGGUCACUCAUUUAACUUGGGAAUAUAUGGAAUUAAUCUUCUUUCUCCUGUGGGUAUCCCACCCCUCUCCUCCUGAAUACAAAACCACAAGCACCUGACAUUUUGUAUACAUCACCCAGAUGGGCAUGUGUGCCAGCCUGCACUGCUGCAUUUUAGCUGUCUGCUUCAUCAUGAGGACAUCAUCAGCAUGGUUUUAUCUGGCAUCGUGCACUCACGCAGAAAGGGUUCCUGGUUAGUGAUUAGUCUUGCCCCUGCCAUCUCCUGGCACAAGGGCAUUGAAGUCAGUUAUUAUACCCACCCUGAUUGAGCUUGCCUAUCUUAGCACCAACCAGGGAUCGAACUUGGGAUUUUUUCUGGUCUUUGUAACUCAGUACAACACCGUACGGUUCUCCAAUCAAAUGAAAUAUUGAGGGUGUAGGAGGGUGGGUGUUGGGUAUGGGUGGGGGGUGGUACAGGGGAAUUGUGGUUGUAUUGGCAUGGAAUGUCUUCAAGUUCCAGUGAAAUAUGUGUUUUCUAUUUUCAAUAAUAUUUUCUGUAAAUAUCCAACAACUUUUUUUUAUAAAAUAUGCUUGGAAGAAAUGUCUGAAUGCAUAAUUCACAAAUCAGGCUUAAGCAGAGUGUGUUCUGUGCAGAGAUUUUAAGAAAUCAUGGUGAUCAUAGCAAUUAUUGUGUGAAAGCAAAGUGAGUAAUGAGGUCAUUACUGAAAGCACCUCCUGCUGCUUUGGGGGACAGAACGUUUGCAAAUCCCUCUUUUUGUUUAAAUUCAACCUUUCCAACCUGACCAUUAAAGAC